AGCUUUUGUAUUCAGGCUGACUGCGUACUUCACGAUGGUGCUCCCAAUGUUGGUCUGAACUGGGCGCAUGACGCCUUCCAACAGAACUGUCUCGUUUUGUCGGCACUGAGAUUAGCCACGCAAAUACUUCGCAAGAACGGUACAUUCGUCACUAAAGUGUUCCGCUCGAACGAUUACUCGUGUUUGAUUGCGACUUUUGAGAAAUUGUUCAAAAAAGUACAUGUGUGGAAGCCCGCUGCUUCACGUUUGGAGUCUGCUGAGAUUUUUGUGGUUUGCGAGAAAUAUCUGAAACCACCAAAGGUCGCGCCAGAGCUUCUCGAUCACAAGAAAGUGUUUUCGGAACCCGAUGGUCAUGAGGCGCAGAAACAAAAU